AUGGAGGUACGUGGACCUCGGAGGAAUCCCAGCUACCUCUCUGAUCUCUAUCAGAACAUGUUACAGGCUGAAGAGGCACGGAAGCGAGGGCAGCAGCAGCCCCCAGCAGUCCGUACAAGCAGCAGCACAACUCUUCGGAGCAGUGUCCCAGCCAAGGGGGACCCCGAGCCAAAGCAGCUCCAGAGCUGCGGCUCCUCCAGCUGUGACCCAGCACUGCGGCCUAUCAUUCGCCGCCGAGCCAGGUCUUUGCCUACAUCGCCCGAAAGAAGGAAGCGAGCAGCAGUUCAGUGCCAAGUGCCUGGAUGCCUGAGUCGUAUGAACCGGGUAAGGUUUGCCGACGCUUUGGGCUUGGAGCUCACUGAAGUGAAAGUUUUCCAGACUGGGGAGGAUCCAUCCAUCCCCUUGCAUGUCCUCUCCAGGCUCUCCAUAAACUCGGAUCUCUGGUACAGCAGCUUGGACUUAGAGUUUACUAUGCAGUGCUUGGUCCCUGACUUCCAGCAGCCUGCAGACUGUGUGGAUUUUUCCUCCCGACUUCAAGAGCAGCAGGUGUGUCUUGAGCGAGUCACCAGCUCAGACCUGGGGCUCAGUGGCACCAUCCACGUUCGCAACAUUGCUUUUGAGAAGCGGGUGUCUGUGCGAUACACCUUCAACCAGUGGAAGAGCCUCCACGAACUGUCUGCUCACUGGCACAGUAGCAUCCUGGAGAAAAAUGGGCAGGAUCAGGUUGAUGUUUUCUCUUUCUUUCUCCCCGUGCCUCCUUUCCUCCUUCAGCUGUGCUCUGUAGUCCAGUUUGCGGCAAGGUACCAAGUCAAUGGCCAGGAGUACUGGGAUAACAACAGAGGCAAAAACUACAGUCUCACCUGCCGGACUCACCCCCUUAAGAUGCCUAGAGAAUGUGAGGAGAGCUGGAUCCACUUCAUCUAA